GAGGUCACGGCGGCGCCGGUCCGAGGGCAGCGGAGCCGCGGCCCGGGCCCGGUCAUGGCGGCCCGGCGGCUCCGCGGCGCCCUCCAGCUCGGGGCGCGGCAGCGGCUGAGGGCCGCUGCGGCCCCGCCCGGCAGGCACGCGGCCCUGGGCGGCCUGCGGCUCGGCCGGCCGGGGGCUGGCAGCACCUGGCAGCCACUGGCCCAGCCCAGCAGGUCCUUCCUCAGCCUCACCAACAAGAGGAAGGAGUACUCGGAGCGCCGCAUCAUUGGGUACUCCAUGCAGGAGAUGUAUGAUGUGGUGGCCAACGUGGAGGACUACAAGAGCUUCGUGCCCUGGUGCAAGAAGUCUGUGGUGGUCUCCAGGCGCUCAGGGCACAUCAAGGCCCAGCUGGAGGUUGGCUUCCCCCCGGUCCUGGAGCGCUACACCUCCAUCGUCACCCUGGUCCGGCCUCACCUCGUCAAGGCUGUCUGCACCGAUGGGAAGCUCUUCAACCACCUGGAGACCAACUGGCGCUUCAGCCCUGGCAUCCCUGGCUACCCUCGCACCAGCACCGUGGACUUCUCGAUCUCCUUCGAGUUCCGCUCGCUGCUGCACUCCCAGCUGGCCGCCGUCUUCUUCGACGAGGUGGUGAAGCAGAUGGUGGCAGCCUUCGAGCGGCAGGCGGCCAAGAGCUUCGGGCCCGAGACUCGCAUCCCCCGGGAGCUGAUGUUCCACGAGGUCCACCAGACGUGAGCCCGGGGGGGAGGGGG